CAUUUGUCGGCGGAGGCCGGGCAUGUGGGCCGCUUAGAGUGGGGAGUCUCGAGAUGAGGAACCUGGGGCCUUGAGAGGAGAAGUGAGUUACCCAAGGCACACAGCUAAUUAAGUAGUGGAGCUGGGAUUAGAACUCAGGUGUCCUGCCUCCCAAGUUUCUGAUCAGGAUUGCUACAAUGAGUCUGCGGAAGCAAACCCCCAGUGACUUCUUAAAGCAAAUCAUCGGCCGGCCUGUUGUGGUGAAAUUGAAUUCUGGAGUGGAUUAUCGAGGGGUCCUGGCUUGCCUGGACGGCUACAUGAACAUAGCCUUGGAGCAGACGGAAGAGUACGUGAACGGGCAGCUGAAGAACAAGUACGGGGACGCGUUUAUCCGAGGAAACAAUGUGUUGUACAUAAGCACCCAGAAGAGGAGGAUGUGACGGCGUCGGGAGCGCAGUUCUUCUCGCCCGCGGAUGUGUUUUUUUUUUUUAUGAGGUCCUUUCCUUUUUUUAGUACAAUUUGUCAUGUUUCAUAAAAGUUGGUGAUUUUUCGCUGACAUGUGAGUAAGUAAAUGUAUAAAAUGGUGGAUUUAAUUGUAAAGAAUUCUUUCAUAUUUAAGUUUCAGUCAUUUUCUGUUACCUCUAUGUCAGUGUGCAGAAUAUAAAAAAGAAUAAAAAAAGGAAAAUCUUCUGUU